CUUCCCGCAGGGAGCAAAGGGCAGCGGGAGCGCGGCCGUGCCUGCCCAGCCCCUCCCGGGGAUUUUGGGACAGCGGAGGGAGGAGGAGGAGGGACAGGAGGAUACCUGGGUGUCCCUGGAGCUUCCCAGGCUCCUUCCCAGGCCAUGGCGGCCACCACGGUGACGGAAUCCGGCGGCGUGAGGAUCAUCACGGAGGUGAUCCCAGCCACGGAUCCGCGGGCGGCACAGCUGGUGUCGGGAUCCAGGGAAGCUGAGCCCGCCAGGACGUCGCUCCCAGUCCAAGGCUUCCGGAGGGCUCAUCCCAAGGUGUUGGGGACCAUCCACAUCUUCACCGGGAUCAUCCACAUCUUAUUCGGGAUCAUCCUGACAGCGUCGGAGCAUGGAAACCCUUCCCUGCCCAUGGCCAGCGGGAUCCUCUUCUGGCUCGGGGUCCUGCUCCUGGUCUCGGGAUCUUUGCUAGUGGAAAGUGAAAAGAGAGACAACCUCGUGCUGGUGCGGACCUGCUGCGUGCUCAACGCGGGCGUCGCCCUCGGGGCGCUGGUGGCCACCGCGGUGCACGGCGUGGCCAUCACGCGGCUCCCGCCCGGCUGCGAGCGCCGCCUGCCCCUCCACAUCCCGCCGGAAUGGUGCCUCAGCCCCCACAGCAAGAUCCUGAGCAACGGGUUGGAUUCCACCUUCGUGCUCCUCAGCCUCCUGGAAUUCUGCGUGGCCGUGGCGGCCCUGGCGUUCGGAUACGAGGCCGCCCGGCAGCACAGCUACACCCACAUGGCGCUGUAGCGAUGGACAACCCUCCCCCCCGCCCUCCAAGGACCACCGGACCCUCCCACGGAGGUGCCACAUCCCCGAGGGGGGUCACCGGUACCGGAGCCUCGGAGCCUCCCUUGCCCGCCCCAGUGCACCAAAUAAAGGCCUCUCCCCCCA